CAACGUGAAUAAUGGGGCCGAGGUGGAAAGGAAAAGGGGCAGAAGUUAAAGCUCUUGCAGAUCCCAUUUCAGAAAUAAUCAGCCAGCUUCAAUCUGCUCUGAUCUGCUCAAACUCUCGAGGACUGCUUUCUGGUACGAAUGUGCUUCUUAAAGCAGACACAGAACAAACUGAGCUCCUCAAUCGUGCAUGUUUUGGUAGGCCUAGGGUAACGGCAGAAAAGAAUGAGCAAUGGUUUCAGCUCUGCAUGGAAGAAGCUUUUUACCUUCAGUAUUCUCUAAAAUGCAUUAAGGUUGUUGACCACAAUGACAUUGAACUGAACAGUGAUGAGUUAUGGAGGCAUAUGACAUCCAGGAGGGAAGAUUUUCCUAUCUUAUUCAAAGCUUUUUCUCACCUUAGAAGUAAGAACUGGGUGGUUAGAUCAGGCUCUCAGUACGGGGUAGACUUUGUUGCCUAUCGUCAUCAUCCUGCUCUAGUACAUUCUGAAUAUGCUUUGCUUGCUUUAUCUUCACAAAAUGGUAGUGCAAAUGGUCGCUUGAGGGUUUGGUCUGACUUCCAUUGCACUCUUCGACUUUGUGGUAGUGUGGCGAAAAUGUUACUAAUUCUUGAUAUUGAGCAACAGCAAAAUUGUGCAACUUCUCCGUCGUGCUUAGAUAACUAUGUUGUUGAAGAGAGAACAAUCACAAGAUGGAGUCCGGAGCAAGGCCGCGAAACAAAAGCUAAGUUUGACCCAAGUAAAAAGUAG